AUGAGUAGAAGAAAAACUAAUACUAAAGAGGUUCUCAAUGAUAAUGAUGAUGAAAUCGCAUAGAAAGAAUUGAUGUAUGCAGUAAUUAUAUUGCUCAUAUUCUUAGCCUGUCAUUUAGAUAUACACAGAUAAUCAAUACUUGACAGAAAUGCAAGUGGAUUCUAUAACAGGAAUAAUGUAAAAUAUAGAAAUAUUUAAAACUUGGUGUCCAGAAACAAGCACACUAUUUGAAUUCGCAAGGUUAAUAUCUUAAAAUUUAUAAUAUGAGAGAUUUCAAAAAUAAAAUGCUGUAUUUAAUCUAGGUAUACAAAUAAUCCAUUUUAGGUGAUUAAGGAGAUAAAUUCUAUAUUAUUCUAACAGGAACAGCUGCAGUCUACAUUAAAAGGUAACCUCAAUAAAUUGAAACUGAAGAACAGGAGAUCUAACCUAAAAUUGAAUAAUAUUUAGAUAAAAUGCAACUUAAUUCGAUUUCAGAAAUUGAAACUGAUUCGAAGUUCUCCUUUUUUGAAAAAUUAAUUAAAAAGUAAACUAAACCAUCUAAAUAAAUUGAAUCAGAAUUGCUCUUAUUAAAUACUGGUAAUUUUGAUAUGUAUUUUACAAAAUAUGGAAUUUGUAAAUUCUAAUAAAUCUCUUAACUACAUUCUGGACAAUACUUUGGUGAUAUGGCAUUAACUACUGAUAAGCCUAGAGCUGCCAGCAUCGUUACUAAUACUGAUCUAUAAGUACUUUCACUUAAUAAAGCAAAUUUUAAAGUAAAUUCUUUAUUAUCAUAUAGAAAAUAUUUGAAAAAUAAAUCAAGGCCUAAUAAGAGAAAAUUGAAUAUUUCUUAAAGAUGUUUCCUUCAAUGACUAAAUUUAAAAUCAGCAAAUUGAUAAUGUAUUUUUCAUAAUACAAAUAUCCUCCAAAUUAUAAGAUUUGGAAACAAAAUGAUAUUGUGGAUGGUCUGUUCUUACUGAAAGAAGGGGAAAUCCAAUUAUAAAAAACAGUUGAUUUCCAUCCUUUUCUUAAAUCCGAAUAAAAUCAAUUACUAAGUGAAACUAAAAGAGAGAAGACUUCACAAAUAGAUGUUAUUACAGUAAAUAGAAAUUCUUAUAAUUAGUUAGCUAAUUUGACAGAUGGUUGUUUUAUUGGGGAAACGGACAUAUAUCUCAAAAAUGAAAGAAGGGAUUACACAGUUAAAACAUAAACUCAAUGUAAUGUGUAUGUCUUGUAUAUGGAUAAUUAUUUGAUAGUUAAACGAUAAUUCCCCGAAUUCAUUAACCCUCUUUAAUUGCUCUCUUAAAAAAAUGUUAAUCUAUACAAGAAAAGAUUGGAUGAAAUUAUACAGACCAAAGUUGUAAGCCUCAAUUUACAAAAGAAAGAAGAACAUAAUGUCAUUGAAAGAAGAUACUUAAAUGACAUUGAAAUUAAAUAAUAGCCUAAUUUCGUUCAUUAACAUCAAAUAUCUUCUCCUAUAUUAAGAUCUUCGAUUCAUCCAAAAAUGACAAAACAAUAAAUGGUUGAGUAAAAUCAAUCAAUUGCUUUAUAACAUUAAAAGAAUGAGAAAAUUUCUAACAAAUAGGAAGAAUUCAAUAUGUUAAAAAUGGCUGGUGAUAAUUUCUAAAAAUGUUUAUUUAUUCGAGUUGAAAAAUAGUUUGAGUAAUUCUAACCAACAAAACCUAAGUAUUUAUAUUAUUUUAAUUAACUUAGAGGCAAGACUCCUUUUUUUAGUAAACAUUAAAAAGACAUUAAAGACUUACUUAAUUAAAUUAAACGUAAUUAGAUACCAUAAGAAACUACUAUUAAUUAAUAUGAAGAAUCAGAUCAAUAUAGUCUACCAUUUCUUACAUUGAGUAAAAGAUAAUUAAAAAAUAUCAAUCCUUAAGUUUAAUAGAAAAUGGAGAUAUUAAAAUAAUGUUUAACUAGUCCGACGAGUUGUCAUUCUAAAUCAGUAUCUUAAACAAUAGAUUAAUUUUAUAAAAUAAAAGCAUAAUAAGGAUUUGUAUUAUGUGAUUCUCUUAAUCCAAUACAAGAUCGUGGCCAUGCUCAAUCAAGAUUCAAUAAACAUUUGGCUAAUGUCAAACUUAGUUAAAGAAAUUAAAAAUCAAUUUAACAAUGUUUAAAUUCUCAAAAAGUAUCACUUGAUAAUCUGGAUACUAAUAUUUUUAGUUCUUAACCUACAGUACAAUACUUAUGA